AGCGAACAUUUGGACCAAAUGGACGUGGAUUUGUGAAUUUACGUGACUUUACGCGUCAAAACAUACUCUUUGGGGGUCUUUUGAAGAAUUCUAGAAACAGUCAAAGUCACAUUCUUCCUUCCUGACCCACUGAUACCGACACUGACCCUGUCCUUGUCCUUGUCCUUGUCCUUACUUACCUCUUGGUCCAUUAUGGCUACCCCAGAUAUUGGCAAGCUAGACCUUUCAGAUUCAGAUAAUGAUGACCUUUUUGCAUCCCCUUCCAAACCCUCAAAGGCUGAUCUCAAGGCUCUAAACAAGAGUUCGGAAGGCAAUGCGCCGGCGCAAAGAAGUGGGGGAUCAAAAUACGAUGCUGAGACAGCAAGAGAAGCGGCCCUACAAAAGGAACUAGAAGGAGUUCGCAAUAUCAAUGAACUCAUAGAAGGAGUGCUGGGCAGUCUGGAUCUUGCGAAGGGAAAUAUGGAUACAGUCUCACAAACGGUUACAUCCGCUUCAACGCUACUUAACACAUGGAUUCGCAUACUAUCACAGACGGAACAUAAUCAAAGAUUAAUCUUGAAUCCAAAUUGGCGGGGCGCAAGUCAGGAUAUUGCAGAUAUGGAGAACGAGCAGGUAUUGAAAGCUCAAGCCGCUGAACGUCGGGCUGCGGAGGAAGAGCGAAGAAGAGAAGCUGCAAGGCAAAGAGCGGAGGAUGAAGAAAGGCAAAGACAAGCUGGCACAACAUCUCGUGGGACCCGAGGAGGAAGAGGCAGAGCUAAAGGAGGAGUUUUAAGACCUGGAAGUGUUUCCUCGUCAGGAUAUGGACGUGGAAGCUCGACCGGCUCAAGCACAGGUACUGGCACAAGCAGAGGUGGAUCAGGUAUUGGAAGAGGUAUUCCACGAGGCAGAGCACGAGGAGUACGAUGAAUCAUUCAAAUCAUUCGCUACAAAUUUCUACAUGAUGG